AUGUCAUCUUCUUCUACCGGUACUGGAAUCUCGAUUCAACCUUCAGCUUCAGCAUCAGCUACAUCUAGUUUGGGAGGAGCGGAAGAAUCCCAAGCUGUAUCUCUAUCGCAACAAUUAUCAUCUGCUUUAGCUUCUGCUGUUCAAUCAGCUUCUGCUUCAGCUUCAAGAGUACAAUCAUCAUCUAUUAUAGCUUCUUCAAUCGUACCAAGUUCAUCUACCGUUUCUUCCUCAGCAGUCGUUUCAUCGAGUGAUACAGCCUCGUCUUCAGUGAUACCUUCAUCUUCCUCCAUAUCGACUUCAGCUGUACAGUCACCAUCAGCAAGUGCAAGUGCCACCCCUUCACCAGGAGCAAGUUCAGCUGUGGCUUCCACUUCAUCGGCUGGUCAAAGUGCUUCUGCUUCUCAGGAUAGUGCGAGCGCAAGUAUUGCGUCGACUGAUACUAGUCAAUCUACAAGUGUUGUAUACGUCACCGUAACAGAUCAAAAUGGUUCAACACAUGUAACUUCAACCGCUGUCAGAACCGGUAGUUCGACUAGUGGCUCGAAGAAAAGUGGUGGUUCAAACACCGGAGCUAUUGUCGGAGGUGUUAUUGGUGGUAUUGCGGGUCUCGCCAUCUUAGCUACUUUGUUAUGGUUCUUUUGUUUCAGGAAAAGGAGAAAUAAUGAUCAGGCAUUUGAUGAGAAGACUUUUGAUCCAUCUCGAGCUGCCAGACAUUCAGUCAACGAUCCUAUUGAUCUUAUCGCUCCAUCUGUACCUAAUGUUGCUGGUGCAGGUUCCACAUCACCCAGGGUCGAUCCUUACACAUAUGGGUCAUCGGCUGGAGGAGGAGAAGACUACGACCCCUACGCUCAUGCACCAACCAUGGCAAUGCCUGAUGCCAGAGACUAUACACAUGGCGGUUACAAUCCUUAUGGAUCAGGUCUAGAAGGUGGUUACGGUGUUGCUGCUGCCACAGGUGCAGGUAUCGGUGCAGGUGCAGGCGCAGCAGCAUAUGGUCAACACAGUCCACCUCAACAACAGUACGACGGACAGGGAUAUGGACAAAACAACAACAUGUCAACUGCAGCAAUGGCUAAACAACGUGAAGCAGCUUCUGAAAGGUAUAACAACAGGAUGUCAGCAGGAUACGGUGGAAUCGCCUCUGGUUCAUCCGGUCAACAACAAGAAUUUAUCGGCUCACCAAAUUCAAAUACAAACGAAGAUGAAAGAAGAGGAAGUGCAGGUGGCAAUAGUGAAAAUAGACAAUCAGUUUAUCAACAUACAGAUUAUAGUAGUGCGAUAGAUCCUGAUGAACAAGAAGGUUUAGCUGAAAUUCCACCAAAGUGA